GACAUUUUAUCAUUUGCUAGUUGAAGUUUACUGUGCGGUUUCGUAAAUUUAAACUUUGAUUUCGACUACCUAUUUCAAAUAAAAUAAAUACAAAUCUGAACUUUUUAUUAUCAUCAUCAUGUUUCUUAAAUUAAUAUAUACGAAAAUUCUUAUUUGUUUAAGUUUAGAAGUAACAGCCCACGUAUUUCCCUAUGUGUAUCCCCGCAUAAAAUUAGAAGCCAGCUUUGGAAACGCCGGUGAUCCACUCAUACUCACCCCGUACCUAAAGAAGGGAUCUAUACCUCUAGCUCAAAACCUCUCUCAAGUCUCCAUUACUGAAAAGUUAGGAUGUCGAAGCUAUGCCGGAUUUUUCACAGUCAACGAAACUUACAACUCUAAUCAGUAUUUUUGGUAUUUUCCGCCAAUAUCUCGAGAUGAAUCUGCGCCGGUGCUGCUCUGGCUGCAAGGUGGUCCAGGGGGCAGUUCAUUAUUCGGAUUAUUCGAAGAAUUGGGGCCGAUAACGGCUAAUGAUAAUGGAUUUAUAAUGCGAAAACAUCAUUGGGCGCUGAGUUAUCACCUGCUCUUUAUUGAUAACCCCGUCGGUACCGGGUUCAGCUUCACCGAUCACGAGAAAGGCUACUGCACUAACGAGGAUUGUGUCUCCAAAGGUCUCUACAGCAGUCUUCAACAGUUUCUGACACUAUUUCCAAAAUUGAGAAACAAUGAAUUUUAUAUUACUGGAGAAUCUUACGCAGGAAUACCCGCAUUAGGAAUGGAAAUACAUAAACAGAAUACAAAUGGUCAUGAAAAGAAGAUUAACUUGAAAGGGCUGGCUAUAGGCAAUGGGUACUGUGACCCUAUCAACCAGUUAGAUUAUGGGAACUAUUUAUAUCAGCACGGAUUAAUUGACGAUGUUCAGUUGAAAGUGUUUGAGAAAUACCAAUCGACAAUAGCUGAGAACAUCAAAAAUGAGAACUGGGAGCAGGCAGACCUGUUGAUGGAUCAGCUGAUGGAUGGAGAUGUGGCCAACACUUCAUACUUUAAAUCUUACACAGGGUUUGACAAUUACUACAACUUCCUACAAGCUUCGGGCGACCUUGACGUUGCUCCGCUUGUGAAGCAACUCCAGAAGGACGAGGUCAGACGAAGUGUUCACGUGGGCGGGAGACCAUUCAAUGCUGAAGCAAAAAAUGUAGCAUUGUAUCUUGCUAAAGACAUUUUGAAGUCUGUAGCACCUUAUAUUUCGGAACUGUUAUCGCAUUAUCGUAUUAUGUUCUACAAUGGGCAGUUAGAUAUUAUUGUAGCUUAUCCGUUGACAGAGAACUUUUUAAGGAAUCUCAACUUUUCCUCAGCAGAUGAGUAUAGGAGGGCACCGAGAAAAAUUUGGAGGGUUAGAGAUGAUGUUGCAGGUUAUGUGAAGCGAGCAGGGAACCUCACAGAGGUUUUGGUGCGCAAUGCUGGGCACAUGGUCCCUCACGACCAGCCGAAGUGGGCCUUAAACCUCAUAACUAGAUUUGUAAAGAGAAAAUUUUGAUUUUAGUAUAACAAUAGUUGUUGUAACAAUUUCAGAGUGCAAUUAAAAUUUUGGUGCUACAGUUUUAAAAUUAGCUUAUGAGUGGUUUUAUAAAAAUACUUAGUUCUUUUUUUUACUUUUAUAUUUUAUUUUGUCAAAGUAUAAUUAUUAAAUUGGGUGUAAAUAAGUAAGUAAAUGCUUUAUUGUUCACUAAAGGAGUACAUUACAAAUAUAAAACACUAGUACAGUACGAAGGCAGGCUUAUCUCAGAUCUCUUCCAGCCAACCUGACAAUAAGAGGAUCGCAAACAAAAUUGAGGUGGGUUUACUUCAUAAUUUUUUAUUUUAGUCUUGUUAACUAAACAUGGUAAAUAAGUAACGCGAAAUACUUGGGUAGAGCUAAGAAUCUUAGUAAUAGUAACUUUAGCUUUGUUCUUCAUGUGUCUAUACUAUACAUAUAAACAUAAAGGGAAAAACAUAGAAAUUUAAUUAGAUUUAUGAUUUAGUUUUCAUUUGUAAGGAAGCUGUGAAUGUGAAUUUACAAGUUUUAUGUUUCCAAAUCUCAAUACUAAAUUGUUAACUAGGUGUAUAUGAAAUA